UUUUUUGUGAAAGUGGUGGCAACAAUGUUGAAGAAAUUAUCAGUUCGUAUUUUUCUCAAACCCCCUAACCUCGCCUGUUUAUAUUCGCAAUUUAUUAAAAAUUAUUCGGGUGAAACCACAAUGACUUGGGAAACAGAAAAAGAAAAGUUUGUAAAAAUGACCGCGUCUCAAAAAAAGGGGCCCAGUUUUAAAAUAGUAACUGUAUCCACAAUUCCAACUUGGAAAACGAUUUUUCAAAACAAAACAUCAGAAUUGGCCAAAGAAAUACCACGAUUACCAAGAAAUACAAUCAAUCCCGCUAUGAAUAAAGAAUUAGCGGAUAAAAUAUCUUACUAUAAAGGUGACAUAACACAUUUAGAGGUUGAUGCUAUUGUAAAUGCAGCGAAUAAAUCUUUAUUAGGUGGUGGAGGUGUUGAUGGGGCUAUCCAUAGGACUGCCGGACAUUUUUUACUUCAAGAAUGUAAAACUUUAAUGGGUUGUAAUGUUGGCGAAGCUAAAAUAACUGGGGGAUAUGAAUUACCAGCUAAAUAUGUUAUACAUACGGUUGGACCUCAGGGAGAGAAGCCAGAUCUUUUGAGCCAAUGUUACAAGAACAGUUUAAAAUUAUUUUUCGAACAAAACUUAAGAACAAUAGCUUUUCCAUGUAUAUCAACAGGAAUUUAUGGUUACCCAUUAGAACCGGCUGCUCAUGUAGCAGUAAACGAAGUACGUUCAUUUUUGGAAUCAAACUCCUCAAAGGUUGAUCGAAUUAUUUUUUGUUUAUUCGCUGAUCAAGAUGUAACUAUUUACCAAGGCGUUUUACAAUCUUAUUUUCCUUUAAAAUAGAAGUUAAUCUUGUAAAUUUGAUUUUUUAAUUAAUAAAGUUUUUGUAUUUUUCA